AUCAUUCUUCGACUUCACAUUCUAAUCAGUGAUACUGGUACAUACAUUCAUCCCUCCUUAAUUAACUGAUCCUGAAUAAAUAUAGUAUAGUAUCCUCUCACCUUCUAAUUCCAUCGUGCAUUCACACCAUAUAUACACGCAUGCAUAAACCUCUUCGUAUCCCUUCCCAAAACUACGUACAUAUAUAAAUAGUCCCCAUCGCGCCACACCUCUCUCAACCAACAUUAACACUAAUAAUAAAUAAUAAAUAUUUUUACUGUUUCUACGUACGUGGUACGUGACUUCAUGGCGGCCUCCGCUUCAUUUGCCGCACUGGACCUUCUCCUCCUCCUUUCUCUCUGUCUCAUCGUGAUAUCCCUCAAACCAAUGCCCACCAACGGCUUCGCCGUCGACCUCAUACACCGCGACUCCUUGCGCUCUCCGCUCUACGACGCCUCCCUCUCCGCCCCCCAGCGAUUGCGUGCCGCCGCGCGCCGCUCCCACGCGCGCGCCGAGCUCCUCAGCCGCACCUUGUCGCCGGCACGUGCGGCUACGGCGCCGUCCUCCGACAACGACGGCAGCAACAACGGGUCCAUCGAGUCGGAGGUGGUGGCCAACAACUUCGAGUACCUCAUGACCAUCCACGUCGGCUCCCCGCCGAACAAAAUCCUGGCCAUUGCCGACACGGGCAGCGACCUCAUCUGGACCAACUGCGAUCCUUGCCAGCAGUGCUACCAGCAGGACGCUCCUCUCUUCGACCCCCGCAGCUCCUCCACCUACUCCGACCUCACGUGCGGCUCGUCCCCGUGCUCCCAGCUCCCCGCCACGGAAUGCGGCGGCGUCGACCAGCAGUCGAGCGCAUGCAAGUACGUGUACACGUACGGAGACGGAUCCCACACGGUCGGAAACCUCGCGAGCGAGACGCUCACCUUCCAGACGGUCGGCGGGCGGCGCGUAAACUUUCCGAACGUCUCCUUCGGAUGCUCGCACGAAUCUCAAGGCACGUUCGACCGCCACUCGGCCGGGCUCGUCGGCCUCGGGGGCGGCCCGCUAUCGCUCGUCUCCCAGCUGGGCCCCGCCAUACAGCACAAGUUCUCCUACUGCUUGAUCCCCUCGUACGCCGCCGCUGCGAACUCGUCCGCCAACUUGACGAGUCGACUGAGCUUCGGCGCCGGUGCCGUAGUCGACGGUAGAGACGCCGUAUCUAUGCCGCUCGUGGACGGCGAGGUUCAGACCUUCUACACCGUAUCUCUCGACGGAAUAAGCGUCGGCGGCGAGGAUGUCGACGUGCAAGGCGGCGGCAGCGGCGACGGCAACAUAAUAGUCGACUCCGGGACGACGUUGACCUACCUCGUACCGGGCGUGCUGCGACCGUUGGAGGCGAAACUUAAACGGUCGAUCCAGCUGCCGAUUGUCAAGGAUCCGGAGGGGCUGUUCGAGCUGUGCUUCGACAUCUCAAACGCGGCGUCCGAUUUCGAGUUCCCGGAGAUUGCGUUGCGGUUCGGGGCUGCGGCGGUGGUGCUGAGCGCGUCGAACGCGUUCGUGCGUCAGGAGGAUGGCGCGGCGUGCCUGGCGAUGGCGACGGGGAGCGGCCUGUCGAUUCUGGGAAACAUAGCGCAGCAGAAUUUCCACAUCGGGUAUGAUCUGCAGGAGAGGAAGCUGUCGUUUGCUAAGACCGACUGUGCCACAACCUCAAUCUAAGUUGGAAGGGUGGUGACCGACGGCUGACAACCGAUCCGAUUAAUUUCUCAUUAGAGUCUUAGCCUUUUAUUUCAUAGUCUGGUUGUUUUGAGAUAGAUAUAAAAACAUAUGGUGCAUAUAAUUUGUUCUUCUUGUUUUAUGUUGUUUACCUGGUUAAUAUGACGUCUUAAUUUCUAUGUCACCUUUUCCCACGCCCGUGUUAUUUAGUGCCCUGAUCAUGUCCUUUUUACUGGAAUAAUAUGCAUAACCGUUGUUUUUUAGUACUUCGUUUACUUCCUGAUUUGGGCAUCGCAGAGUGCGCUCAGC